AGCGCUGUCAGAUACUCCGUGGUGUCCGGCUCAGCCACCGCACGGUACCGCGUGCCAUGUGCACAGGGCACUACUGACCCCCGCAGCCCCGCUGUCGCUGUCCAGGAUGGAGCAUUUGGCGGGGAGAUGGAUUCUGUUAUUUCUCCCAUAUCUUGUCAUGGAAUUUGUCGCCGCUCAGAACGUCUGCACCGGCACAAUGAAUGGACUCAGUGUAACUGGUGAGGCCGAGUACCAGCAUCACACCCUAAAGAACACCUACAACAACUGCCAUAUUGUAAUGGGAAAUCUCGAGAUUGUGCUUGUUGAGGACAACAAAGAUUUAUCCUUCUUAAAGUCCAUACGUGAAGUGACUGGAUACGUGCUGAUCGGCUUGAAUAUCUUUACCUAUUUGCCACUAGACAACCUGCGUGUCAUUCGAGGACAGAGUCUUUACGAAGACAAGUACUCACUUUACAUGAUACUUAAUAACCAAGUUAAUGGCACCCGUGGUAUCCAAAAGCUCAGCUUCCACCAUCUUACAGAGAUUCUGGCUGGAGGGAUUCACAUGUUUAAUAACGAGCAGCUAUGUUACACAGAUACCAUUGACUGGAAAGACAUCAUACGCGAUCCGAAGGCUCAAGUUGAAAUCGGAGCGAAUGCUGCCAAUUGUGAACCUUGUCAUUCAUCUUGUAAUGGGAAAUGUUGGGGACCAGGAGAAGAAGACUGUCAGAAAUUGACAAAGAACAUCUGCGCACAGCAGUGCAAUGGACGUUGUUAUGGACAGGCGCCCACUGAAUGCUGCCAUGAUGAGUGCGCUGGGGGCUGCACAGGUUCCCUAAACACUCAGUGCUUUGCAUGCCGAAACUUCGAUGAUAAUGGAACCUGUGUCUCACGAUGUUCUCAGCUGAUUUACAACCCUCUGAGCGGUCAAAUGGAACAUGGUCCCGAUUCCAAGUUCCAGUAUGGAGGAUCAUGUGUGAAGAACUGCCCCCAUAACUUUGUGAUAGACCAGAACUCUUGUGUUCGUUCAUGUCCGAGCAACAAGAUGGAGAUGACAAAAAAUGGAGUCAAGAUGUGUGAGCCAUGUUCCGGCCUUUGUCCCAAAGCCUGUGAGGGAACCGGUGGUAGAUACCAGACUGUGGAUUCUAGUAACAUUGAUAGAUUCAUUAAUUGCACCAAGAUCUUGGGCAAUCUAGACUUCCUUACCAUUGGUCUAGACGGGGAUGAGUUUAUGAAUAUCACCGCUCUGGACCCUAACAAACUGAAUGUCUUCAAAACAGUGCAAGAAAUAACAGGAUAUCUGAACAUCCAGUCUUGGCCGAAACAUAUGAAUGACUUCAGCGUCUUCUCCAGUCUCACUACCAUUGGUGGUCGGACUCUCAUACGUGGGGUGUCACUUCUAGUGAUGAAGAACAGCAAUGUGACGUCUCUGGGAUUUCGUUCACUGCGUGAUAUCAGUGCCGGGAAGGUUUAUAUCGCAGAAAAUGAGAACCUUUGCUAUUACAACACUAUCAACUGGAAAUACUUAUUCCCAACUAAACGGCAGAACUUUGAUAUAAAGAAUAACAAGUCUCCAGCCGAUUGUGUCAAAGAAAGAAAAGUUUGUGACCCACUUUGUUCUGAUAAGGGCUGCUGGGGACCAGGACCUGGACAGUGUCUGUCUUGCAGGAACUUUAGUCGAGAUGGGAUCUGUGUACCAUACUGUAACCUAUAUCAAGGAGAUAGCAGGGAGUUUGCGAAGGAUGGUGCUUGCUUGCUGUGCCACCCAGAAUGUCAGAAGAUGGAAGGCGCACUAACCUGCAAUGGAACAGGUGCAGAAUCUUGCUCACAGUGCGCUAACUACCGAGAUGGGCUACAUUGUGUGGACAAAUGUCCUCAUGGAGCCAUGAGGGAAAAAGGACCAGUCUACAAGUACCCCAGUGUGAACAAGAUCUGUCUGCCCUGUCCUGAGAACUGUUCACACGGGUGUGACGGUCCAGAGCUACAAGGUUGCAAAAACAUCGUUCCUGGAGAAAGUAAAACCCAGGCCAUGGUCGCAGGCGCAGUGGUUGUGUCUAUAUUUGUCCUGUGUUGCUGCACUCUCCUAGCACUUCUAUACUGGAGAGGACUGAGAAUUCGAAAGAAGCGGGCUAUGAGACGCUACCUGGAGAGAGGAGAUGGUACCGAAAUGUUGGAUCCAUCAGAAAAAACCAACACCGUGCAGGCGCGAAUAUUCAAAAGCACUGAGCUGAAGAAACUCAAAAUUCUGGGAUCUGGGGUAUUUGGCAUAGUGCACAAGGGUGUUUGGAUCCCAGAAGGCGAUUCUGUUAAGAUUCCUGUGAGCAUUAAAUUCAUACAAGAUCGCAAUGGUUGUCAGACUUUCCAUGCGGUCACUGAUCACAUGCUUGCCAUGGGGAGCCUGGAUCAUGCUUGUAUCGUUCGACUGCUGGGUAUUUGUCCAGGAACACAGCUGCAGCUGGUCACACAGCUUCUGCCUAUGGGCUCACUACUUCAGUAUGUUAGACAGAACAAGGACACCAGCGUCAUUGGCCCCCAGAUGCUGCUUAACUGGUGUGUGCAGAUUGCCAGGGGCAUGUACUACUUGGAGGAACAUCGCAUGGUUCAUAGGAACCUCUCAGCUCGCAACGUCCUCAUGAAGAAUCUCAAUCAUGUUCAAGUGUCAGAUUUUGGUGUGGCAGAUCUGUUGUACCCAGAUGACAAGAAGUACUGCUACAAUGAGAUCAAGACGCCUAUCAAAUGGAUGGCUCUGGAAAGUAUACACUUUGGAAAAUACACUCAUCAAAGUGAUGUGUGGAGCUACGGUGUCACACUGUGGGAAAUGAUGACAUUUGGAGAUGAGCCAUAUCCAGGUAUCCGUCUGUCUGAAGUUCCAGACCUUCUUGAGAAAGGGGAGCGACUCCCUCAGCCUAUAAUCUGCACCAUUGAUGUCUACAUGGUCAUGGUGAAAUGUUGGAUGAUUGAUGAGAAUGUUCGGCCUACUUUCAAGGAGCUGGGAAAUGAGUUCACCCGCAUGGCCAGGGAUCCUCCCCGCUACCUGGUCAUGAAAAGAGACAGUGACGCUACCCAAGAACCUCUCCUUGGGGAAACACCACAACUGAGUGAUAAAGAAGAAGUGGAGGAGAUUGAUACUGAUUUAGGAACAGAAGAAGAUGAAGAUAUGGGACCACAUCCGAAAACUCCAAGCACUGUCUAUGCAUCCCGACCGAGAAUAGACUAUACUAGAAGUCAGAGUGUGCAGAGUUCACUCGCUGGAUAUCUCCCUAUGAACCAGAGCACUGGUACCAUCAACAAGAAGAGUUCAACCCACCGUGCCGAUCCAAGCCCUAGACGUGCGACCAGGAGAAGGCAGGACUCUGUGGGCCGCACAGUGUCAGAGUCCUCCGAGGGCUGUUGUACUCUAUCUGACAUGGAAACGGCAGAGGAAAUAUCAUUUGGAUUUGAAAGCCUGGGCCGUAGCCCUCGCUCACGUUUAGACAGCGCUUAUCGCUCCCAAAGGGAAAGUUUACUUGCUGGCACCCCAGAUACUGACAGCGAGUACAUUAUGCCUGAGCUUAGCCAGGGAGAUCUAUCAGAGGAUGGAACACUGAAGUCCCAAGGAUCUAGAUCGAUAACCCCGUGCAAGACCAAUGAAGAGGAUGAUGAGGAAUAUGAGUAUAUGAACAGGAAGAGGCAUCUGUCAGAGAGGUUGGAGUACGAGUAUAUGGACAUUCGAGGAGUAGGGGAUGGAAACAAAGAUGGCAUAAGCUGUACACGGCAGGACAGUACAGAUAAUUAUUACGAAUAUGAAAACAAGGAGGACUAUGAGUAUAUGAAUGAAAAGGGGAGAUGCAGUCAGAGCCAAGAACUAGUUGAUGAAGGCGAAGAUGAAGGUACAGAGUACACCUACAUGAACCGAAGUAGCAAAAUCAGAAAGGACAGCAAUUCGGAUGACAAACAGGGCUACGAGGACAUGAAGUUAAUUACAAGCCAGCCAAAGUCCUUGAGCAAACCCACAGUGGUUCCACAAACAUGCCACAGAGAGGCUUUACAAAGAGGUUACAUUCAACCUCUGCGAGAACUGGAGGUAAAAGACUGUGCAUUUGAUAACCCGGACUACUGGCAUAGCCGUCUGUUUGUUAAGAGUGACCUGCAACGGACAUAAAAAAAAUCCUAAAGUGCUGGGCAAUGCACUCAAAUAGAAUACCAUUGUGAUACGUACCUUCUGCUUCUGAAGAUGGGUACAGGAAUAUACUGUAGUCAUUGAACCAAAUGCUAAUAUCUGCAGUCGUGUACCAUUAAUGGCUACUGGAACAAAAGUGGAUAGGGAAGAUUUUUACAUAUGUCAUGCUAUACAGCAGUGGCUAUUCCUAAGCGAUUCCAGGAGCUUAAAUAGUCACUAACUUUUCACACAAUUUUGCAUAACUCAAUAGUACAUGGAACCACAAGAAAAGUAAUAUUUUAUCAGUUCAGUGAGAAAGGUCUAGUUUUCCUCCUCUUAUCAGCUGUGUACCAGCUGCUACCCCCCUGCUAAUUGCUUUUCAUUUUCAAAAAUUCCCUUUUCCUGUCCAGGACAGGAUCAUCUGUCAUAUUACACAUGUCAAUGUAAGUCUAUGGAGAGGGGAGGGGGAGGAGUGUGGAGGAACUGAGGAGACACACAAAGAGGAGCAGGACUGCACAGCAACAUAAGAAGCUUAUAGCUCAGAAGAAGUGCUCCAUUCUCCUGGGGCUGCUUCUGAGUGACUGUGAGACAGGAAGGAGAUUUUCCUCUACUUUGUGUGUGUGCAGUGGAUGGAGGCCAGCACGCACAACGAGAUAUUCAGCAAGCACAGAGUGUUAUUCCUCAUCUACUGAACUAUUGGUUACUGCAAAGUUUGUUGAAAGCUCAGUGACGCUUUAAAGUCAUGAAGGUUAGAACAAGAGUACUUAAAAAUAUCACCGCUAUCUGCUAAGUAAAACGUAUAAAUGAGAAAAGUAGCAUCUCAUAAUUGCACUCAAUUGUACUCCUUUGCUCAUGCCACUUCUUUCUAGGAUUACAGAUAUUACAUGUUCAUGCUAAUGAUGAAUGAAAUAUUGCCUCAUAUGAACAAAUCAAACAUUGGUCGAGCUGAAUUAUAGAAUAGGUAUAAACUGCAAUAUAAAUCAUUUUGACGCAAGUGACAAGGGAUUCUGCAUAAGAAAUAGUAAUGACAUUGAAGUGUAGCAAAGAGCUGUGUUGUCGAUGUCAGUCUUUGGUGUUCCUCAAUUCGUGUCAUGAGCCCCCACUUUAGGCCCUGCAGUAGGCAUAACACAGUGUAUAAGUUUUACCCACAGUGCAGCUUUGCGUAUCUCCACUACAUUCCCACUCACCUGGAUAUACCCUUGGGUAACCUUCAUACUCAUGAUCUUUGAAGUACUUACUAUUCUCAGUACUGGAUUGUAUGCAAAUUUCCAAGUGGGUACCUCUAAUAGCCAAAAAAAA